CAAUUAGCCAACCCAGUUAUGGAUCCGUCGGGUUGGCACACAUAAAACGGAUCUCUGUCACACACCCGCCAAAUCCAGUAGAUCCAAAUUUUUCAUAUUUGGGCGCGGGUAUUUUUGAUCCAGAUUCAAAAAAGAAAAAAAGAAGUAAUCAUUAUUUUUUAAAACUUUCCCGCACAAAUUGAAAGAUUCUUAUCAAAUUUCAGUAACCGAGUUGUCUUUCCCACCAGAAAAUUUGAUCCCAAAAGCCCAAAACCAAAACACCUCUAAUUCUCUCACAAAAACCAGCAAACUAGAACUCUUCAAGCUUCGUCACCAUCCCACCUCCUUCCCUGCAGAUGCAAAUGGGUUCCGAAUUCAAUGGCUUCCAAUUGCCCCCUCACAAAAGAUUUAGACUCUUCCAACAGCAGCAGUUGACUGAAAGACAACGUUUCGAUAAUUACAAUGCUGCUUCCCUCUCAACCCUCCCGGCUAAGAAACGGAGGGAGUCGAGGGACCCAUCUAUUGUUGCUGACCCCACAGCCACUGCCGCCGCCUCCGCCGCUGCAACUACAAUCUGCUUGCCGGCGAAGAAAAGGGUAUGGGCCCUUCCAGCCGAUUUAUCCCCGGAGAAGCAAUUUACUGCCUUUGAUCUUAAUAUGGAGUAUAAACCAUUUUCAAAGGAAGAUUCAGAAGCCGUCGUUGUAAAGAGGAAAAAAGAAGAAGAACAUAUUCAAGCUACUGGAAGUACCCAAGAAGGAAAGGAAGCUGAAAGUGCUUGCGAAGACGAUAAUGAUGGCAUUGUAUGCGCCAUUUGUCAGAGCACGGAUGGAGAUCCAUCAGAUCCUAUAGUCCUCUGCGAUGGGUGUGAUCUAAUGGUCCACGCUUCCUGCUAUGGCAAUCCCCUCGUGAAGGGUAUUCCCGAAGGCGACUGGUUCUGUGCCCAGUGCUCUGUUUCUAGAUCUUCUCAAUCCAAAAAGAAGAUGACAUUUUCAUGCUGCUUGUGUCCAACCACCGGAGGAGCAAUGAAGCCCACGAGCGACGACAGUGGAUGGGCACACCUAGUGUGUGCGGUUUUCGUUCCCGAGGUGUUCUUCCGAGAUCCCGAAGGCCGAGAAGGUAUUGAUUGCUCUAAGGUUCCCAAGAAGAGGUGGAAAGAAAAAUGCUAUGUUUGCAAAAAAUCAAAUGGGUGUGCUAUUAAUUGCUCUGAGCCCAAAUGCCCUCUGGGUUUUCAUGUAACUUGUGGUUUGAAGGAAGAUCUUUGUAUAGAGUACAGAGAAGGGAGGAAAAAAGGUGCUGUUGUUGCUGGGUUCUGCAAAACCCACUCUGAUCUAUGGAUGAAGCAACAACAAACUGGGAAGUUCAAGAUUGUGGCUAGAGAGGACAAGAAGUAGUUGGGUUCUUGCAGAUUACGAAACUUCUUGUAUGGUAUAAGAUAGAACUGCUGCUUAGGACUUCUGAAAAUUGGUUGUUUCUUUUUUCUUUGAUUACAGGCUCAGAUAGCUCUCUUAUGUCAUGUUUACUUUUUUUAAUUGUCUAAGUUGAAGCUUGAGGUAGAUCAGAAAUGAACUGUAACCCAUCUUACUAUAUUGCUAGUGCAUUUA